UAUUCUGGAGAACUCGGCCCGGAAGUCCGGCUGUAUUACGACAAAGUGAAAUGCAACAAAACAGAAGUAGGCGUCUUAACAUCUGCAUACGAUUGUUUCGUCAAGGGAAAUACACAGAGCAUGGAUUCCCUUGACAUACUGGAAAUAUACAUCCCUGUGGAUGCUGAGGUGAAAAACAUCCCUCUGUGGAGCUUACCAGACUCGGUGCUGAGAAGAAUGGGCUUCACCCUGUCUGAGUCUAAAGGUUCCAGGAAGCUUGCAGGCUCUCCAGAAGGCAUAUGGAUUUGUCCAGCAAACAUACGAAUGAAAGGUCAGAAACCGGCCUCCCAAACAGGCUACAGUGGGGUAGAAAAUAUGUCCUCACUGCUUGGCAGAGAGUUUCGGGCCAGACAGGGGGCCUUCCAAAUGUCUGUUGUCUCCUGCAACCACGCUGCUUACAAGGUGCUGGAGGAUAUCACUCCUGGGAACAAGGACUAUGCACACAGAUCUCACACCUCCCUGUUGCCUCAGGGUUUGGCACCACAGAUCUACCAAACUGCUAUUGUCAUCUACCACGGAUGCAUUUACCUGUCCAUCAGGAAGCCCAAUCGAAGCCAGAGUCAACAAGUUACACGUGAACCACAGCCAGCUGCCUGGUCUUCCCUUCCUUCCACAUCGUCAUCAAAAAGCUGGAAGAAGGAGCUGCUAAAUGACAACAUGCCUGAGAAAAAACACACCACAUGUAAAGUAUCACACAGUGAAAACAAGAAAGAUGCUACACUCAAGGUAAGGGAUGUAUCCUCAUCCAAGACUGCUAUUUCUGUCCCUCAGUCCACUGGUAGUUUGCACAAAGUGGACAGCCACUGUCACAAGAAUGCUAGAGGAGAGCGGGCGACAGAGGAAGCAGCAGCCCUAGAGCCAGCUUGGUUUCAGCCUGAGGGGGGAGAGGAGGUGGUGGCCAACAAGGACAGUGGUGAAUGUGAGAUGCUGGACCUGGGCGGUGAAGAAGCUGAGAUAACCAGUCAAAACAAUGCCAUGGACACUGAUAUGCAAAUCGACAGAAGUGAAGUUAACCAAAGUAGCAACCAAAGCUGCACCAGGAGAGAGCCUCUGGGUGCAACAUGUGGCGCCACAUCACUGGUGAAGGAGUUUGACUUUAAGGAGCUGGCACAAGAGGAGAUGAUUGCUCAAAUGAAGGCCAGACUCAGACAGAAUGAAGCUGCCCUCAACAACUUUCCUUCUUUGUAAUGACAGCUCAGUCAGACUGAACAACCGUAAUGAUGCAUUAGUUCCACCAAAAAUUAAACUCAGGUUAAGUUUAUUAGAAAGCAUUUAAAAUGUUUGGGAGGCCAAAGGAUGGCAAUUAGUCACAACAUUGACUGAUUGAUUCCCCAUCUGUCUGUCCAUUAAGCACUUUAGUCCAGAGAUAUGACAGAUAAUCUAGAGAUAGUUAUCCUUGAACGCAUUGUUCAAUGAAUGUGUUCACAGGAAAUUAGUAUCCCACUCAUUUAUGAGGUUACACAUAAACCUCAUACGUAUAUCUAUGGUUCUACAUGCAAGUUUUUGCUAUUGAUACAUAGCAAACAUUAGCAUUAACAGCUGUUUACUUACCAGUCUAGAAGAAACGUUGCAAGUUCAGCAUCAAACUUCAUUCCUCUACUUGUCAAGAGCUGUUUCCAGCGGUGAAAAGCAACAGCAAUGUUAAUUCUUGUUCUUCUUCUAUUUCUGUCACUUCUUCUCUUCUACUGAAGUUAGCAUGCUAGCCAGCUAGCCCCAGCCUGUCUUGCCACUUUCUGAUAGCGAGCUACCGUUGUGUGCAGCUUGCCCUCAGUAUAACAUGAGAGGAUGAAGAAGUAGCACUGCUCAGAUGGCAUUUUCUAAGCUCCUGUAAAUGCAAAGAUGGCUGAAGCUCUGGGCAAGCAGCCAUUACCACCACCCACAGAGAGAGAAGAGAAACUUACAUAUAGCACUUUUAAAGGACAAAAGCUAAAUCCAGACGUAUCCAUGCAGGCUGAGGUCAGUACAGAAAUGACACACUGACUGGUUUUGAAGGACAAAAUCUUGCCUGCUCUUUCCCCAAAAAUUAGAAAUCUGGACACAGUUAUAUGAAUUAGAUGGUUUCAAGUACGUAGUUGGUUUCAAGUAUACUGAAGAACCAAGUAUGGGGAAGGAAUAACCAGGUAACUCAUGUCCAAUAUAAAAGUGAUAUCCAGAAUAUGAUCACAUUUAUUUUUUCCAGGGUAUUAUUUAUAUUUUUUUCUGAAAGCUGACUUAUCCUCUAGUGCCGCCAAGGUUACAUGACUCUACUGCUGUUGAGUUUCUACGAAUAGCAAAAUGUUUAAAAAAAAGAAUACUCCACAAGUUUAGCAUUGCACUCAAGUGGAUAGUUUUUUUUAAAAAAGAUCAAAGUUGAUGCAGCAGAACAAGAGAUGUUUUUUUGUUCUUGUUUUUAAUUCCAUGCAUUCUUCUGUUAGAGAUUUGGGUGUGUUAUGCUAGUAGCAGCUAAUUUAUCUAGGAACCUUUAACCUGCAGCAGAGAUAAGCAGGCUACAGAUGCCUGGUAAGCUCACUUGUUUUUAACUACACACCACCAGAUUUUUAACUUUUCAAACUUCUAGUCUUCAGACCCAACCAACGCUGACUCAAGUGACAUCACUUGAGGAUACUUAUCAGACUUCACACAGCUCCCUCUGGAGACAUUAAAGGCUUUACACAAUUUUUUCCACAGACACAGUAGUACUCCCCAACACCUGGAAACACACUGAUAUGUAAAAUCGGUCAAGUUCACCUUUAGUCACAUCUUUCUCGUUUUUGUUUGUGUAAGGUGUAAAAAACAUUACCACCUCCAGGGGUCACUAGUGGAACUUUUGUCUUGCAGUUGACAGUUUUCCAACCCACAGUCAUAAUCACACAUUCAAGAUGAGGCUAGUCUUAAAAGGUUGAAAAUUCCAAAAGGAUUUUAUGUGGAGUGUAGGGAUAAGGAUAAGAAAUUACUAACACUGACCAUCAUGUCACAUUUGACAUUAGAUUUUCCAUGGUAAUAUUCUAUAUUCAGGCCCAGACUGCAGAUGUACCUGAGAGUAUUGUUAGCAUCUUCAGAUUACUGAUUGAGUUAUUGUGGUGACUUUUGCCUUGCAAGACUCAGAUCAAUCAUUAUUUUGGAAUCAUUACUAUUGUCUGAUUACCUUGAGAAGAAUGGUUUAUAUAGUGGUCAUUAUGGGAACGUUGUGUGAUUUAAGUAUCUAUUCCUUUGUCAUUUUUACUCUCUUUUUGUUCUGGGAUGUUUCUUUCUCUCAACUCGAUUUCUUCCCAUUACUACUAUUCUCCUCAAGUUUUUAUGUAUGAGUUUUGUACGUUACUAACUUUUUAUCAAAGAGCCUGAAAACGGUUGCUCAUCUGUUGACUUUCACGUCCAGCCGAGCCUUAGAAUUGCUUCUCUUCUGACAUGUGCAUAAAAUUGAAUCUUACUUUUGAGUGCUUGAAAUAGCCUCUUCCUUCACUCUUAUAUAUCCAACCUGUUGUUGACACAAUCACUUUAGGCCGAGUUUUCAAAUGAGAUCUCAUACGAUAUACUUUUGUCACUGCAGAUAUCUAUGUUUUCAAUAAAGAAAUGAGUGUGCACAGGACCAUGACUGUUCUUAUUUAAUCAUCAAAGAUCAUGUCACAGAUGACAAAAGUCAGGCGUACUGACCAGGGCAGAGUAU